AAACUUAUAAAAAUGGGUCGUAUGCACGCACCUGGCAAGGGAAUUGCCCAAUCAGCCCUUCCAUACAGACGUAGCGUACCAACAUGGCUUAAAGUAACCCCAGAUGAGGUUAAAGACCAUAUUUUCAAACUUGGAAAGAAAGGUUUAACCCCAUCCCAAAUUGGUGUAAUUCUUAGGGAUUCCUAUGGAGUAGCACAAGUAAGAUUUGUUUCUGGAAACAAAAUCUUACGUCUCAUGAAAGCCAUGGGGCUUGCUCCCGAUCUACCAGAGGAUUUAUACUACCUUAUUAAAAAGGCUGUAGCUAUCCGUAAACAUUUGGAACGUAACAGGAAAGACAAGGACAGCAAAUUCCGUCUGAUUUUGGUAGAAUCCCGUAUUCACCGUUUGGCUAGAUACUACAAAACAAAGAGUGUUUUGGCUCCAAACUGGAAAUAUGAAUCAAGCACAGCCUCUGCUUUAGUGGCUUAAGUUAAGAUGUACUUUGUUUUAUAACAAUAAAAUUUAAAAAAAAAAACUUUUUAUUUAACUUUCUGAGAAUUUAAGUAACAGCUCCAUAUAAAUUUAAUUUAUAAUUAUGCAUUUUUGGAUGUUUAUUAUUUCUUUUUUAUGUAUAAACCUAUUGUAGAGAGAAGAGUAACAAUGCACAUAAACACCCUGUAUGGCAUU